AUGUCUACUGAAUCUCAGAGCAGCCCUUCAGUUGUUUCUUCCACUACUGUUGGAACUAGAUCCCUUCCAGUAGGUUCCAUGGCUAGUGGUGUUGUUGAUUCAGCACACCCUUACUAUCUUCACCUUUCAGAUUACCCAGGAAUGAACCUGGUUUCUUCAGUAUUUGAUGGCAGGAGCUAUGGUGGUUGGAGAAGAGCCGUGGUGAUAACUUUGUCAGCAAAGAACAAGCUAGAGUUCAUUAAUGGAUCCCUAGCUGUUCCAGCUGCAGACUCAGGUCUUCAACAGGCCUGGGCCAGAUCAAAUGACAUGGUGCUUUCAUGGCUCCUUAACUCCCUUUCAAAGGAAAUAGCAGACGGUGUGCUGUAUUCCCAGAGUGCCAAAGAUCUUUGGAGUGACUUGGAAGAUAGAUUUAGUCAAAUAAAUGGAGCUAAUCUCUUCCAACUACAGAAAGAACUAAGUGUUGUGGUGCAGGGGAGUUCAAGUGUGUCUACUUACUUCACCAAAAUGAAGAGCUUAUGGGAUGAGCUAGAUGCUCUCAACACAUUCUCUGCAUGUGUGUGUGAAUGUGACUGUGGAGUAAAGACAAAGAACCAGAAGGCUCAUCAGGAUGAAAGGCUCUUGCAAUUCUAA